GCCACCCGGACGGGCGGUGGUGCGGGUGUCGAGGACUCCAGCAGCCGCGGCAGAAGGCGACCCCAGCUGGCGAAGGCUGGGUAUUGGGGGUCGCGUGGAAGGGUGUCCCCAGGCCCGCCGCGGCCCCUCACCGCGUGCCGCGCCUGUAGCCAGUCCCGGAGCCAUGGCCCUGAGCGAGCUGGCGCUGCUCCGCUGGCUGCAGGAGAGCCGUCACUCGCGGAAGCUCAUCCUAUUCAUCGUAUACAUCGCGCUGCUGCUGGACAACAUGCUGCUCACCGUGGUGGUACCCAUCAUCCCCAGUUACUUGUACAGCCUUGAGCAUGAGAAAAAUGCUACAGAAAUCCAGACAGCCAAGCCAGGGUUCACGGCCUCUACCAUGGGGAGCUUCCAGAACAUCUUCUCCUAUUAUGACAACUCCACCAUGGUCACCGGGAACGCCACCGGAGACCCUCAACUGGGGCAGCUCCAUAAGACCACCACUCAGCACAUGGUGGUAACCAACACAUCCACCACCCCUUCUGACUGCCCCAGGGAAGACAAAGAUCUCCUGAAUGAAAACGUGCAGGUCGGCCUGCUGUUUGCCUCUAAAGCCACGGUCCAGCUCCUCACCAACCCUUUUGUAGGACUGCUGACCAAUAGAAUUGGCUACCCAAUUCCAAUGUUUGCUGGAUUCUGCAUCAUGUUUGUUUCAACAAUUAUGUUUGCCUUUUCUGGCAGCUACGCACUACUGCUGAUUGCCAGGUCCCUGCAAGGCAUUGGGUCUUCCUGCUCCUCCGUGGCUGGGAUGGGCAUGCUUGCCAGCGUGUACACUGAUGACCAGGAGAGAGGCAACGCCAUGGGGAUUGCCCUGGGAGGCCUGGCCAUGGGGGUCUUAGUGGGCCCCACCUUUGGGAGUGUGCUCUAUGAGUUUGUGGGGAAGACAGCGCCAUUCCUGGUGCUAGCCACCUUGGUGCUCUUGGACGGAGCUAUUCAGAUCUUUGUGCUCCAGCCGUCCCGGGUGCAGCCAGAGAGUCAGAAGGGGACUCCGAUAACCACCCUGCUGAGGGACCCAUACAUCCUCAUCGCCGCAGGGUCCAUCUGCUUUGCAAACAUGGGGAUCGCCAUGCUGGAGCCAGCCCUACCCAUCUGGAUGAUGGAGACUAUGUGUUCCCGCAAGUGGCAGCUGGGCGUUGCUUUCUUGCCAGCUAGUAUCUCUUAUCUCAUUGGAACCAAUAUUUUUGGGAUACUCGCACACAAAAUGGGGAGGUGGCUUUGUGCUCUUCUGGGAAUGCUAAUCGUUGGAAUCAGCAUUUUAUGUAUUCCUUUUGCAAAAAACAUUUAUGGACUCAUAGCUCCCAACUUUGGAGUUGGUUUUGCAAUUGGAAUGGUGGACUCGUCAAUGAUGCCCAUCAUGGGCUACCUCGUAGACCUGCGGCACGUGUCUGUCUAUGGAAGUGUGUAUGCCAUUGCAGAUGUUGCAUUUUGUAUGGGAUAUGCCGUAGGUCCUUCUGCUGGUGGGGCUAUUGCCAAGGCAAUUGGAUUUCCAUGGCUCAUGACAAUUAUUGGAAUAAUUGACAUUCUUUUUGCUCCUCUCUGCUUUUUUCUUCGAAGCCCACCUGCCAAGGAAGAAAAAAUGGCUAUUCUCAUGGAUCACAACUGCCCCAUUAAAACAAAAAUGUACACUCAGAAUAACAUCCAGUCAUAUCCAAUAGGUGACGAUGAAGAAUCUGAAAGUGACUGAGAGCCUCCAAAGUCAUCAAAGUAUUUAAUUGUAUAAAACAGUGUUGCCAGUGAAAUCCAGCCUGUCUUAGUCAUACCAUCUGUCCCUUGUGAAAGAGUAAAGCAACCAAAGGUUAUUAUUUCUUUUCCAUGGUUAUGAUCGCUUGCCAACAGCCUUAUAAAGAAACAGAAGCUUUUCUAGGGGUUUGUAUAAACAGUGUUGAAAACUUUAUUUUAUGUAUUUGGUUUUAUUAAAUAUUACACAGUAUAUUUUGGUGAAAUAGGUAUAGUGUAAAUCUAUAAAUAUUUGAAUUCAAAUCAAAUAUAAUUUUUUAACUUACAUUCAUGAACACUUGGCAAAAAAAAAAAUCCUCUAUUUUUUCUGAAUAUUGGUAAUGAGUGUUUACAACUAAAGCACACAUUAUCUCUGAGACUCUUCCAACAAUGAGAAGCUAGGAGGAAGUCUGAAAAACAGAAUCAAGUAAGACAGCAUGCUAUAUAGUGACUCGGAACGAGUACUGCGUUAACUUGUAAUUAUUAUCAAUAUGUUUACGAGUUAAAAGCUAGCUAUCGCAAGUGCACAGGACAGGAACUUGAGUCAGUCAUCUUUUGGACUUACCCGUAAAUCUUAGCUGGCAUUAGUUUUCUGUGUAAUCACCAGUCUGUAAACAGGUGGUUAUAAAUUAUGUUUACAUGUCCUGUGGUUUGCAGUGAACAUUAAUGCUAAUAAGGGGAAAAUAGUAAAUGCUGGGAAAACAGAGAAAAGCACCCAAACAUAUAGUUAUGAACAACUAGAAGCUUUUCCUUUAAGAUGUAUGCUGGAUUGUUUUGUUGGAUGAAAGAAAAUUGAGGGUACGGUUUUACACUGUUGAGGUAAGAUAAAUCAACAUCUUGUUCAAGUUUUAGAAAUCUAAAAAGGUAAUAGCUGCUAUGACAUGAAAAAUCAGACUAUAGUUGACCUCUUUGGUUAAGUGUUUUCUAGAGAUCUAUUAAUUUUGCGUUGUCUGAAACUCUAUUGUUUUCUAGACUUCUGAAAGUUGUUCACAUCAAUGUGAAAACAAACUUUAAAUGAAGGAAUGGAAUUGUUGAAUUGCAUUUUAUGAAAACAGGUCAAAGUGAUAGGGUGGUUAGGACAUACCCCCUUUCACAGGCAGAAAAGGAAAACCAAACAUCUAAAAAUGUCUUAUGUUUUAACAUACCAUCUUGUGCUGUGUAUGUAGUUUUUCUAAGCAUGACAAUAUUGAUGCGUCUUUUCAACCUAACAGCAAAUACCGUGUUAGUGAAAAUGUCAGUUUACAUCAAGUUUUGUAUGAGGCAUGUUUGGAGUGUGAAGAAAGUGUGAAAUGUCAAAAUAAUACUUGUUAAUUCUGCAUUUCUGUAAUCAUAAACAAAACUUACCUAAUGCCAGUUCUUCAUUAAGUUAAAAUUGUGUUACUGUUUACUUGGACAUCGAGGUGAAAAUGCUUUAGAACAAAGACUUCAAUCUUAUGACUAUUUCUUAUUCUCUAGGAAAGCAGCUAAUACUUCAUUUCUAUUUGCUUUAUGAAGCUCUCAUGAUGAUUUAGAGUCUGGUUUUCAAGUGCAGUGUGUUUAAAGCAAGCAGGAUUCCUAUUUAAUUAUUUGCAUUGGGCAACUUCAUCAAGUCUGCUGUUCUGGAAGGUGGCUCUGGAGGCACUCUUACAUGGCUAAAAUAAAAAGGCAGGAUUAUCCUCUGCUUCAAUAGGAAGAGAGAUUAACAAAAGAACAUCUUAUAAAUCCAUCCUUUUAGAGCAUGUUUGGUUCCCCUGCCACCCCCAAGAAUACAAUUUAUUGCUAUUUAAUUUUUGCCUUUAAGGCUUUGGUUUCUUCAAGAAUGACUCACAAAGGCAGGAUCGCUGUUCAUCCCCAGGGAUAACAUAAAAGAUAAUGUGUUUUCCAGGGCUGUUUUGGGAGCAAAGAGAUCAGUAAUAUCUGAGGGGGUUAAAAAAACGAAAUGGCAAGGUCUUUGUGACUAAUAUUUUCGGUUAGCAAGACUGUGAAAGUGUUUGUUAUUAUUAUUUAUGUAUCACAACAAAGAAUGUGUAGUUCUCUGGACAUUUGUUUUUGAACAGAGGUGGUUUCUGUUUCUACCUGGUAAUACAAUGCGUUCCAUCCUGACGACUCCGUCAUAAGUUGGUUCUGACGUAAGUCGAGUAUCUUUUUUUUGUUGUUGUUUUCAUCAUUAUUGCCUUUCAUUGUAUCUUUAUAAAUCUGAUCUUUGAACAUCUGUGAGUGAACCUCUGAGAAUGAUAACAUCAGCAAAUUACAUGCUGCAACGCUGUAUGUAGGACAUAUUACUAACAGAAGAUGUACAACCCCUUCCCUCCCCUCCAAAGGAAAAAAAAAAGAGCUGGUUCUAAGUGUGGUUCUUUGUAACUUGAAUAUGUCAUAAGUCAGGGACUGCCUGUAACAAAAACCCUAAUGAGGUACAUGAAUAAUCAAUUCUUUCUUUUGACUGCUAAGUCUGUCUGUCCAAGUCAUGUUUUAGCUAGUUUACUUAAUAAAUAUUCUGAACAUUGUACUGUGCCUGUUUGUAUUUCUUUAUGAACUAGACAUUGUUAUAAUAAAAUACAUAACA